GUCCAAAGCUUAUUCCCCCUCUUCUUUAAUUCCCUUUCUCUCAUAACAAAAACAUCGCCAAUAUUCACGUCGCGAUUCGCGAAAACCGAAAAGCUUAAUCGCUUCUCAUUCAAUUCCCGGAUCCAAACAGAACCCAUUAUUUUCCUUUCCGUUUUCUCAUUUUCUCAUUCUCCUUUCAAUUUCAGCGAUCGAUCGCGUGCGUGCGUCCGUCGCGAUGAACAACGAUUUCCUUUGGCUUCCAUCGCUAUACUCGGAUCCGGAAGUGUUCACGUAUUUAGAACCCUUCGUGUUCCGCAGCUCUUCUCUGAGCUCGCAUUUUCUGCAUUCGCUGGCGACAAAUUCCCGAAGCUUCGCGCUCGAGGAGGCGUUCGGACAUGUGUCGCGGUUCUCCGGCGCGUUGCUGUUCUGGCUCUCGCGCGCGUCGAGCUCCAAUGUGGCGCGUUCCUUGCGCGGUUCGCCGCCGCUCCGGUUCGGUAGCGUGCAGGUUAAGGCUGGGUCGACGACGAAUGUGCGCGUGUUCGGGUUUCCGUUCGGAUCGAAGUGGAAAUCGUCGUUUUCGAGUGUGAGGUUGGGGAAGAUUUCGAGUUUGGCGAUGAGGAUGAUUUGGAGAGAAGCGAAGAGGCUUAGCUUGUUCCCCGUUCUGUCGCUGGCUGUUGCGUUGGUUCCACCGUUUCAAAACUUGUCAUCAAAUGUACUAGCUAGCCCGUUGCUCAAUCCUGAUGUGCAAAUUUUUGGAGCCAUGGACCAAGUGCCUAAGGAAGUUGAAUGCCAAGGAUGUUCGUUUCUACCGUGUCUUGAGUUGAGCCAGGCAAAACCUGCAGUGGAGCCUAAAACUGGUAUUGAAUUUCCUUUGGUUCUAGACAAUCUAUUCACUGGAGAGAAGAAUUACAACUUAAACUCUGAGGUCCUGGUUGGAACAGGAUCCAGAACCAUGACAAUUGUUAAAAUCAAGUCACUGAAGGUCUAUGCUUUUGGAGUUUAUGUUCAUCCAUAUUCCCUCUGUGAGAAAUUGGGGCCAAAAUAUGCAUCAAUUUCUGCUGAUGAAUUGAAUAACCAUCAUGACUUCUACAAGGAUCUUCUCAGGGAGGAUAUCAAUAUGACUGUUAGACUUGUUGCAAAUUGCAGGGGUAUGAAAAUUAACAGCGUGAAAGAUGCUUUUGAAAAAUCACUUCGAGCUCGAUUAGUAAAGGCAAAUCCAUCCACAGACUUUAGUUGCCUAAAGACAUUUGGUUCAUACUUCACAGAGAAUAUCUCAAUUCCUUUGGGAACAGUAAUUGAGUUCAAACGAACAGUUGAUGGACGUCUGAUCACUAAAAUUAGUGGGAAUCAGAUAGGAAGUGUUCACAGCAAAGAUUUGUGUCGGGCUUUCUUUGACAUGUACAUUGGAGAUGUCCCUGUGUGUGAACAAACUAAAAAGGAGAUUGGCAUGAAUGCUGCAAAUAUUAUUAACAAGUGCUAAAACGAUUCAUUUUGUAUCCACUUGUCCUACUUUUAGAAUGGACAAUUGGACAUGGGUAGCAUGGCAAAUUGGCGUAUACCCUUAACUUAUAGAAGCAGUGGUUUCUUGAAAUUGAUUUCAACCUGCUUUAAAAAUCAUUUGCAGGCAUUACUUCUCAAGGUUUGUCCUUUGAAUCAUAGAAGUCUUUAGGAUAGCUUAAAUUGGAUUUUCAUUGGAAAGUUCUCUGUUCCUAUUGAUUAUAUCAUUUCAUCGCCUUGAUGCCCCUAUCCCUUUUGUUAGAUGUAUACUGUUUUAGAGAAUGAAAAGGAAAAAAAUGCAGAUAAGAAUGUUUGUGCCCGUUUGCUCAAGCAAAUAAGUAUUUGCUACCUUUAUAUUCAGUGUAGUAAUGCGUUUAACUAGCAUUUCCCGUUGAUACGAUCGGGAAAUGCUAUACAAAGCAGGGAUUAGAUUUUAUUGACUUGGCAGCAUUUCUUGUUGGAGAAUGUAUGAAACUUUAAGCGUGUGUUUGGAGUGGCGUUUUUAAUGCACACAAGUUCCAAUUUGCACGUCAAAAUUGUAUAAGCCGCAAAAGUUAAAGAGAGAAGCUUUGAACUGAACACGGAUCAGAUUGUGGCUGACGCGUAACUGUAGUGGACACAUAACUAAACGCAUGGUAGAUGUGUUGUCCUUCCAAAAAAUGUGAGUUUAUUGAAUUUAAAUGUGACUGGUGUGAUCCUUAUGUUGUAUGUAUAAUUUGUCUUUUUAUGUUUGUUGCAUGGUAACCGAUUCUUUUCUCUGCUUCCUAAACUUGUAGGUCGCUAAGUUGUGUAGGUUGCCAAAAAUGGAUUCAUGGUCCCCCAAUGUAUGUGUCUUGCAUGUGCAAUGUAAUUAAGAUUUUUUUAAUUAGUUAUAUACAGUUACUAUGUACAGAGGUGAUUAGUCAUUGUUUAAAACUCUUAGUAACUCCUUUGCAAAUGGUAACUAUUCACAUACAUCACGGAGGUAACUUUGUUAAAGGAAAACAUGGUAAACUUGCCGAUGAAUGGAGCCGAGUAGAUGUAUUGCCUGGAUAUGAUAAUGAUAUGCUUGAUGUUUUUAGUA